ACGUUUAUUGAACUUUGUUUUUUCAUAGAGCUGAUGAGCCAAAAUAUUUGCGCAUAUCCCUAUAAAAAUUAUCAAAAUGAUACACAAGUUGAUUUUGAAAGUAAAAAAGGAAGAAGGAUAGAAAGAUACGCUUCAAAUUAUGAAGAUAGUAAUGCAUCAUUCAAAAUUUUGUCAAGAAAUCAAGAAAAAGAAAGUUUAUCAUGGGAAAGUAUGUUAUCAGAUGCUCAAAUUGUUUUUCCUGACGAUCAAAAAGAAGUACCUUCUUGUAGAGGAUCUACUUUUUGCGAAAAAGUAGACUCUUAUCCUGAAGAUGUUGUAAAUAUUGCGAUUCAAAGAAACGAAAGUAUUAAAUACUUGGCUACUGUAGAUAUAUUAUCUGAUAUAUCACAGAGGAUCGAUUUCAUGGACGACAGCCCUCUUUGUCAGUCUAAUGAGCGAGUUGUAUUUCCUAAAUCAGCAAAAAAUAAAGAUAGGGAAUGGAAAUAUGUUGCGAAUCAAGAAAAUUUUAAACAGGGUGUACGAGUUGAAGUGUGUCAAAAAGAAGACACAUGUAACGUAAUAGGAAAUCUUCCUUUAGGUUACAAAUCAAUUUGUAAACAAAAAUUCAUUCAAAGAGAACUUUUAUCUAUAUCGUCAAACGGUUCGAUGUCUCCAGAUACUUUCCUAUUUCCAUCAAGUUGUUGUUGCUAUGUAACAUUUACUACAAAUACACGAAUGGGUUUUAGGUAAAGUCAAGUUAGAUCUGUUCGUGAAUCGUCAUGUCAAAGACGCAAACGCGAUGAAAUAUUACCUUUUAAUGAAGCAAUUAAUGUAAAGUAAUUGUCACUUGACAUUUCUGAUAUAAUUGUUUCGGGAAUAAAAUCAAAUUUUAAAUUUUUUAUG